UGUAUUUAGUAAAGUUACGUGAUUUAGUUAUAACUUACAUUAUAUUAUUAUUCUACUAUUCUAGUCUAAAAUCUAGAUUUUACUAAUUGCUUGUGAUUUGGGCCAAUGGACCUAUUAAAGUAUUGACCACAGAAUAGUUAUAGAAAAGUUAAAUUUUAGUCAAAGCUUACAGUUUUAUGUUUCUUAUUAAGAGUGUUCUUAUUUAUUUUACAAAAUUUUAACAAUCAACGCUAUACUGUUAAUAUAUAUUACAUUAUGGCGGCCAUCAAAACGGUAAAGUAUAACUUUUAUUAUUCUCAUGAUGAUAUUUCAGUGUACACUAAGACUAAAUCCAUAACGUAGAGUGUGAGUAUGUUUCAGAAAAGAAGUUAUACAAUACGUGUACUGAGUAAAUGCACAACAUAAUAUUAUACUAUAUCAUUGAAGAUGAUGACAAUUUUAACUAUGAUAUGGACCACCAGUCAAUUGAAGAAACUGAAGUAACUGAAGAUUGCGAAGAAGCGAAUGAGGCUGUAAAAUUAAUAACACUUGAAAGCCAUGAAGAAAAUGAGAUCGAAAUUCAUAGUGAUAAAAGAGUGUGGGUAAAAGCUUCUGAUGAAUUGUUUACAGAUCAAAUCAAAGAAGAAAUACAGGAAUGUGAGUACCAAACCAUUGUUGAUGUUAAAGAUGAAAUAGAAGAAAUAGAAGAAGUCGAAGAAGAAGAGAUUAAAAUUCAACCAACAAUUGUAUGUGAGCCACUUCCACCACCACCGCCACCACCACCAGCCAUUGACAUUCAAGUGAAAAAAAUUUCUGCAUCAAAAGUUAAUUUAAAAACAGUGAAAAAGCCUAGAGGACGGAUGGGUCGUAGACCUAGACCUAUAUUGCCCAUGACCCGGCCUAUAGCUUCUGCGAGUACUUCACACUUGGAACAGGCCUCAACUCAACACCAGUUAAUUGUGCCUUCAACACAAAUGCCUGGGAUUGCUUAUCAAAUUUUUCUGGGUGACAAUGUAAAAAACUCAAACAAUCCAGUUCAAUAUACAAUGUUACAGCCACGGCCAGUAUUUUUACAACCAUCCCAGACAUCUGUUAGCAAUACUUCACCGGUGGUGAUUAGCCAAUCUUAUCCAAUGACUCGAUCCCAAGUUCCAGGACCUAAAGUUCCCAAAAUUGCUCCCAAAAUUGCUUCCAAAACCGUCUGUCAAGCUUAUUGUUCAUUUUGUUACAAACUUUUUAAAAAUUUAAAUGAACAUGUUAAAGAGUGUUGGGCUAAUCCAGAAAGUAAAAGCUAUAAGUUCAGAAAAAUUGCACCGUCUACGUCGUAAACAAUUUCAUUAGAAUGAUAUUAUGUAAUAUUACUUAUUAAUUGUUCGAAUGAUUUUUUUUUUAUUGUACAAUA